UGGCAGCACUAUCUCAAUAGAUCAAAGCAAUAUGAUUGCACAUCAGUAUUUGCAAACACCCGAAAACCUUUAAUAGAAAAAUUAUUUUCUUUGUACAUAUUACUUUUUUCUAAUAUUGACGAAAAUGAAGCUAACAGGUGACGAAAUGGUUGAAAGGAAUGAAAGUCAUUGGCGAAAGGCUAUGAUUGGUCCUCUUCCAGACGAUUUUUUGCGGGUUACGAAUGUCCAAGGAUCUGGUAAUAAACGAACGGCUUGUCGUCUACCUAUUUCUCAAUUUGUAGCACCUAACCACGUUGGCCGCAUAAGUAUUACUUGUUCACAAGCUAAACUUGUUCGCAACUAUGGAAUUACGAGGAUGGACCCAUAUGUGCGCAUACGUGUUGGUCACUAUGUUUACGAAACCCAAACAGAUCCUAACGGUGGCAAAAAUCCUCGCUGGAAUCGCGUUAUUCAAAGCCAACUUCCAGCAGGCGUCAAUUCUAUUUAUGUUGAAGUAUAUGACGAAUGCAAUUUUAAGAUGGAUGAAUUAAUCGCUUGGUGUGAAAUUAAGAUACCUGAAAGGGUUUUACUGGGGGAAACUCACGAGCAAUGGUAUUCUCUAAGCGGAAAGCAAGGUGAAGGGUUAGAAGGAGCCAUUGAUGUUGUUCUAAGUUUCUGCAAUCAACCUAUACCAUCGUAUAUGUACCAAGCAUUUCAAAUGCCAUCUCCUUUGCUAAUGGUACCAUCUGUUAGAUCUACACCAUUAUAUGUCACAUCUCAACCACCGAUACCACCACAAGCAGUACCAACACAAGUGACAGAAUCGGAAUUACAACAGAUUAAGGAGAUGUUUCCUAAUAUUGAAGUCGACGUUGUGAAGACAAUUUUUGAAGCUAACCGUGGAGACAAAGAUGCCACGAUAAAUUCAUUACUUCAAUUAAAUGAAUGAUAAAAUUAUGUGUUUGAUGCAAAUAUUAUUAUAAUAAAUGAAUCGUCUUUGCUAAAAACGCCGUUUAAGAAA